UAUCAAGGGGGUGCAAACAAAAUGAGAGUGGUAUUCAGCUAACAGGCCAAGCCCAAAAAAAAGUCACCAACUUGCCGUGAUGAUUACCACCAACCAUAACAAUCUCCGUAGUGGUGGUGGGGUUGGUUCAGCCUCUCUCUAUUUCUUUCAACGAACUUUCUCACACCCUCCAUCGCAAUGGCACCGGAAUCGGAGGUUCACCCUAAUUUCUGGGGCCACACCCCCGAAGAGGAAUACUACACCUCCCAAGGCGUCCGCAACACCAAGUCCCACUUCGAAACCCCUAAUGGCAAAAUCUUCACCCAGUCCUUCUUCCCUCUCAACCUAGAACCCCAUGAAGUCAAAGCCACCGUCUUUAUGACCCACGGCUACGGCUCCGACACUGGCUGGCUCUUCCAGAAAAUCUGCAUCAACUUCUCCACCUGGGGCUACGCCGUCUUCGCCGCGGACCUCCUCGGCCACGGCCGCUCCGACGGCCUCCGCUGCUACCUCGGCGACAUGGACAAAAUCGCCGCCACCUCCCUCUCCUUCUUCCUCCACGUCCGCAAUAGCGAACCCUACAAAAACCUCCCCGCGUUCCUCUUGGGCGAAUCCAUGGGAGGCUUAGCCACCUUACUCAUGUACUUCAAAUCAGAACCGAACACGUGGACGGGCCUGAUGUUCUCCGCGCCACUCUUCGUGAUCCCCGAUGACAUGAAACCCAGCAGGGUACACUUAUUCAUGUACGGUCUCUUGUUCGGUCUCGCUGACACGUGGGCGGCCAUGCCGGAUAACAAAAUGGUCGGAAAGGCCAUUAGGGAUCCGGAGAAGUUGAAGGUCAUAGCGUCGAACCCGAGGCGCUACACGGGCCCACCUAGGGUGGGGACCAUGCGGGAGCUCCUCAGGGUCACACAGUAUGUACAGGAUAAUUUCUCUAAAGUGACGGCGCCGUUUUUCACUGCUCACGGAACCUCUGACGGCGUUACCUGCCCUUCGUCGUCGAGGCUACUGUAUGAGAAGGGUUCCAGUGAGGAUAAGUCGUUGAAGCUCUACGAUGGAAUGUAUCACUCUUUGAUUCAGGGAGAGCCCGAUGAGUCCGCCAACCUUGUGUUGGGGGACAUGAGGGAGUGGAUUGAUGAGAGGGUUCGUAGGUAUGGGCCUAACAAAAAUCCCCAGUCAAACAAUUAAUUGGUUCCACAUUGCUUAUUAUGUGUCAAUCAAAACUUUUAUCAAAGGUUAAUCAGAAUUAUUACUACUGUUAUGUCAAGAGUAGUAACGUUCUAUGUUAUUUGGAUCUGCUAUACAGUUGAUUCGGGAUCAAUUGCCAUGAUUAAAUUUAGUGUUUGGUUGUUCCUAUGUGAAUGAUAUUGAGAGUAGAGACAGUUGUGGUGAUAAAAAGUUGUUGCUAGGUGUUGUUGUUGAGUAAUGACCAUCAGAGACAACGUUGGCUAGGAGUGCAAACGCAGCUAACAAAACAACUUCAACGAAAAUAAGUUUUACUUUUCAGUGUUGCUUUGGUAUGUUUCAUCCUUUUGCAACAUUAAGACAAUUUAUGUGAAUUGAUGCUACGAGUUGUUUUCUUCA